AUGGUUAGGACACGAGGAAAUUUAUCUAGACGUGGUUCAAAUGAUGCAUCAGAGAGUUCCAAACAGGGUGCUGCACGAAAGAGACCGACAGCUUCGGCUCGUAGAAGGGGUCAGCAUGAGGCCAAUGUUGUUCAGGAUGAUAUUAUUGAGAAUGAGGUUUCUGACGUUCCUUGGGAGGACGAGCAGGGGAUUGAUAACGAUGGUGGAGGAUUUCCUGGUGGUCCGUAUGAUACAUCUUUAUUGACCCGGUACCAGGAUCAUGUUGCACGCAUGAUAUGGGAUGGUCAGGAUCGAGUUGUGAAAGUGGUCUCCCAUAUUAAAAAAGUGAAGAAAUUAGGACGUCCUCACCCUUCUGUUGCACCUUUUGUGUUAGCUUCUGGAUUAUCGCCUCUGUGCGAUAUUUUAUAUGAAUAUAUCGAUCUUGGUGGAAACUUUUGCUCCACUGAAAAUCUUGAAUAUGAAGAUUCAGUUGAGAUUUUGACGACACUUCUUGGUGUUGACCGGGCCAUGGCUUGUGUGGAGCUGAAUCAAAGUCGGGGUGCACAGGUUCGACUUAGCUGGUUGAGAGAGUUGUAUGACAGUUGUUGUGAAAACGAGCUAUGGGAGUUUGCUGCACGUGCAUAUCUUUUGCACCUUGUAGGGUGCACGAUAUUUGCUAACAAAAGCGCCACCUAUGUUCGUACACAUUAUCUCGAGCUAUUUAGAGAUCUCUCCACAUGUCGUCGAUAUGCUUGGGGAGUUGCUGCUCUUGUCUACUUAUAUGAGCAGCUAGGAGAUGUCAGCUUUGCAAAUACAAAGCAAUUAGCUGGAUAUCUACCUCUUCUACAGGCUGGGAUAUACGAGCACUUCCCUACAUUGGGAAGGAAGCAAGUACGGGAUACAUAUGUGGAGACCGAACCCCGUGCUCUAUGUUAUGUCACUAGACGCGCCAUUUCCGCUAUAACUGAUGUUAGAGUCCAGUUGGAUGGCUUGACAUAUGAUGGGAUGAUUUGGAACCCCUAUGUAGCACAUAGAGCUACUCGACAACUUGUAACACAUGGCAUGUUUUCUGGCUUCCUGAGGGUUGGUACCCUCGUACACCGUCAUCUGCCGGAGCGUGUGUUGCGACAAUUUGGCUUCAUGCAGCCUAUUCCACGACUGCCGAGUUCGCUUCCCAUGAUGGACUUUGAGGCUAUUGAUGAUCAGUGGAAAAAGCACGAGCAGUUUGUUUGGUUUAGGAGAGUCUCCCAUCCAUACAUUUUAAGUGGAGCUGAGGCCGACCGACCUAGCCUUGUGAUUGUGCCCCGACUUCGUCGAAAUUUUCCAGAUGACAUAACAGUUCAGAGGACGUCACCGUCAUCAUCUUCCAGUGGUUUAUUGGGUCUCAUGAAACGCAUUGUAGGCGGUCUUCAGCGGAUGAUAGAUUGUAGAGACGUUACUGAGGGCACAGUUGCUUGGGAUCGCACUCAUGAGUUAUUGUAG